AUGAACACCAUGAUGAAAGGGGAAGAUUCAGAGGACGUAGAGAUCGACUUGGAGGACUCUAGUGACCCUGAUGAAUUUGAUAAUGGUGAGGAACCUGAAACUCUCUGGAGGGCCCAUCCUUCUGUGGAAGAAGAGGAAGACAUUCAUACGUCCACACUGGUGGAAAUCAGUGAUACCAAGCCUCUGAUAAAUGUCCGAGACCCCCGCGGUAUCAAUGACUGUCUCAAGGUGACGUUUGAGGAUGUGAUUGCUGAGCCGGUGUCAGUGCGCAGUGGGGACAGAGUGUGGUUCUGGAGUAAUGCCCUGUUUGAGGUGUCCAGGGUUUGGAUCUACAGGAUAGUGACAGUGCUUCUGGCCAUUCCCAUUUCAAUUAUUUCUGGUCUGCUCUUUGCCAUCCUCAGCUGCUUCCACAUCUGGAUUGUUGGUCCUUGUAGCCACUGUUUCCUCAUUGGGGCACGCUGGCUGCAGAGCCUAUGGAGGAUUGUGCUGGGCAUCAUUGUGCAACCCUUCCUCACGAGUGCUGGGAGAUGCUGUGGAGGCUUCAGCGUUCACUUGGCCAAAGAAUGA